AUGUAUGACGAGAUGACCGUACGACCCCCCGCUUAUUUGAUUUUUCUUAUAAAAGCUAGUGUUGAAUUAAGGACAUGGGAUUAUGUAGUGAGAGAGCUGGACAAUAUUCCAAGCAAUAUACCAGUGCUUGUUAUCGGCAAUCGAAGGGAUAUGGGGCAUCAUCGACAGGUUUCAGAAGACGUCUGCCGAUCAUUUGUGGAGAUGUAUGAACGGUAA